AUGGCGGCACGCCGGGCCCGGUGGCCCUGCACAAGGCCAGGGCAAAGGAGGACGGCGUCGUUGCCGCAGCCAGGCCUGCAACCUUCGCCGUGUCAAGGCACAGCUGUGGUUAUCCGUGUGCAUGGAGGCACUUCCCAGGCGAUGGUCCGGAGGCACCUGACCUGGGCCAAGCUUCUUCAGGCCGCAGAAGAUGGCGCUAUCGAGACAUGGAUCCUGGCAGAUGAGACGUUUCUCUCACCAGGUGUGGAUGCCAUCUCACGGCGAGUUGCGUGCAUGGCAGGAGCCUCCGGUGGAGCAGCCCACUUCAAGGUUUUUCCAUACAAGGAGUCCGACCUCACGUCCAUGUUUCCCGUCCUUGAAGACAUCCGUGCUGCCCUACCCGAUCGUCAGGAUGUGCGAGACUGUUUCGAACUCCCCGGGCCUAAAAGCCUGGCCUGGGCAUUCCACAUGGAGUCGUUGCUCCUUUGGUGGCGUACGGCCCUUUCGGGAUCCAAACCAAAGCACGUUUGGGUCAUCGAGGAUGACGCGGCAUAUUCCGGCGACCUGCUGCAUUUUGUCAGAAGCUACGAGACGGACGAGUCAGAUCUGAUCACACAUGGUCUUUGCGUUGCUGAGCCCAGCUGGGUGUGGUACCAUGCCGGCUCCGCGGCUUUCGCUCAGCUGCUGCAGUCUUCUCGGCAGUCAAGGCUCCGCUGUGCGGAGCAUCUGCAGCGCUGGUCUUGCCGGUUACUGGGCGCGUUGGACAUCUUUGCCCAGCGUGGCAUCGCGGCUUGGAGCGAGAUGUCCGUCCCUACCCUGGCCAGAGCUGCCAGCCUCACCACGGCCUCCCUGCACACGGAGCACGUGGGUGCCAUUUAUGCCUUCGAUGGCAAGGUGCCGGAGGCUGCCUGGCCUCGAUUGUGCGAAGACAGCAGAACCAAGGACCGUUGGUGGCAUGCCUUGAAGUGGUGA